AAUAAAUAUAUAAUUCUGCCUUCGACUCUCCGUCUUCUCCACCAUCUCAACUGCCGUCGAUCAAUUAUAACAACCUGCUUUCUAUCUCGAAUUUUUGCAGGAUCACCGUAGCCUCCUCCUACGCACUUUGGUCGACCUCCGGCAACGUCAACACUGGAGAAUUAGAACUGGAGCAGUCUUCCCGCAGCACUUCUGGAAUCCAUUACGUUUAUUGUGGAAUUUGGAUCUUUGUAAACCCAAAAUGGUCAAGAAGUUGAUCAAAGUAUUCUCCAACCAUUUUAUCAAUGUUGUGCUAGAAUUUUCGAUACAGAUGAUGAAAACAAACGCAAAGAAGAGAAAAAGAAGACUAAGGUUAAAUCAGAGGAGAAAACAAAAAAAAUCUCAGCCAAAUAGUACGACUACUCCUACUCCUACUGCUACUGGUAGUAGUCGUCGUUCACCAAAGAAAACACAUUGUGCUUAUUGUAUUGCUUUAAGAGCACUACGGGAUUAUCAACGUGCACUAAACCAUGAACGUGCAAAACCUACUUCAAGUCGUCCAUAUAUCCAUGAAUUUGAUGUUGAUGAUAAUUCAGAGGCAUUAAAAAAAUCAUCUACUGCUAUGGCGGCUAUAGAAGCAUCAGGAACUGGUCUUAUUUUAAAUAAUCCAUUAGUUAUGUCAUUGUCUAUUGUCUGUCAACAAACCUCCAAACUUUUAUCGAAUACUCCGCAAAGUGAAUUACCAUUUUCAAAAAUUUAUUAUCAAGCAAAAGCUAAACGUUUAGAACAAUUAAUACGUUUAAUGGGAAAACAGAUAUUAUUAACAAGUCGUACACAAUCUUUGACCAAAGAAUGGUGGAAUAUACACGAUGAUACUGAACAGUUUGUUGUUCACCUGCAAGCCACAUGUCCAACAGGCUUAGCAUUUAUUCAUCAAGAUGAGGUUGAUCAUCAACUAUAUCCAGUGACUGGUUUACCGACAGAUGAAAAUAAUCCAAAUAAUAGUGAACGGCCAAGAACUCAUCCAAUUGAAUGUCCUACCUGUUUUCAAUCACAUUCACCAUCAACACCAACGUUUGUUUUACUACCUGGUUGUUGGCAUAAUUUAUGCUUUAAUUGUCAUCAACGUAUAGCUACAAUGCCAGAAAUCACUCAACGACGUUGUCCUAUCUGUCGGACACCACUUGAAUCAAGAGAGAUCACAGGUAUCAAUGCUCGACGUCGACAAUCUUUAACACUUAUUCACUAUGCUGGUAAUGAAACAAAGCAAGAAAAUCAAAUGAAAUCUGAAGAUAACGAAGAAGACUUGAAUAUAGUGGUAAGUUAG